GAGGAACUCGCAGCUCGCCGUCUGACAGGCGUGUGAUAGCGCUGUGGCCGUGGAGACCCACCCCUGCGCCGCGAUCGCACGCCGCCGCGCGCAAACUCGCACGCUGCACUCACGCGCUCGGGCCAGCGCGCCUCUCUAGUCUAUGUUGCUUGCGGAUGACAGUCCGACGGGCUGCGGAUAGUGGACCGACGCGGCGGAACUUUUCCCUCAUGAUGAUAGAGCUUCACUUUAAGGACAACUUUUGGAACACUGAAAUCACUUGCACUGGCGGUUAUGAUGCCAUCGUUCAGCACUUGAAUGAUGGCAGGAGAACAUGCAAGGAGUUAGAGGACUUCAUGAAAGCCAGGGCUUCAGUAGAAGAGAAAUAUGCCAAAGACUUGCAGAGUUUAUCAAAGAAAGUCUGUGGCCAUAAUGAAAUGAACACGCUGAAGCGGUCACUGGAUGUUUUUAAACUUCAAAUUGAAAACAUAAGUUUGUCACACCUUCAGCUGGCACAAACUAUACGGGAAGAGGCUAAGAAACUGGAGGAUUUCCGAGAAAAGCAGAAGGAAAUGCGAAAAAAGGUUGAACAACGUAUGGAUGCUUUACACAAGCAGAAGGCCUUGCAGUAUAAGAAAACCAUGGAAUCAAAGAAAACGUAUGAGCACAAGUGCCGUGAGAAAGAGGAGGCGGAGCAGACGAUGAAUCGCAGCGUCAACACAAGCAAUACCAAGCAGCAAGAGAAGUUAUAUGCAAAAGCACAGCUAGCAAAACAAACCGCAGAAGAAGCAGACAGGAUGUACAGCAACAACGUCUCUAUAUUUAGCAAGAGUCGAGAGGACUGGCUGAAGGAACACAUCAAGGCGUGUGAGGUCUUUGAGCAGCAGGAAGUGGAGAGGAUCAACACGUUGCGGAACGUCGUCUGGACCCACCUCAACCAGCUCUCCCAGCAGUGUGUUACGAGCGAUGAGCUGUACGAGGAGGUCAGGAGAUCCCUGGAGUGCUGUGACAUAAAGGAAGACAUUGAGCAUUUUGUCAACCUUAGAAGGACUGGGAACAAGCCUCCAGCCCCCGUACCCUACGAGAACUUCUACAACACUCAGAGGGCUCUGGGAACAGCCAGUGUGGCACCACAGGCUGCCAGGAGAGGACCCUUACCUGCACCUGAAGGUGAAGUUCUGUACUCGACCAUUGCCGAACCUGAAUACAGCAUAAUAAGAUCUUAGUAAAAUGUGAAUCCCUGUUAAUGACAUGCCUGCAUCCCCUGGAUGAAGCGGAACCCUAACACUGUACAGCAAAAUGCACAUUGCAGAAUGUCAGGCAGCACAUCAGCACAUAAAUGCCAGAGGAAGCAAGCGGUGUAGUGUGUGAACUUCCUCUAACACUGUUUAGAAUAUGCUGUUUUCAAUUUUUCCAUCUGAAACAAAUGUUUUACACACACGCACAUUGUCUGAAGCCGUUUUAUUUUUGCUUAAGUGCAAAAUUGCAUAUAAUUGUUUGACAGUCUCUAGUUCUUUUAUGUAAUGUAUUUAGUUUUGCUUGUUAAAUUUUGGAUGAGAGAUUUACAUGGAUUAUGCACUUACACAAUUCAAAGACUAUAAU